GAUGCAUUGAUCCGAAGAACUGGGAUGUUUGUAAAAUCUACACCUCUACGGUGUUAAAGCAUGGCCUCAAGUCGGGGGCAUUACUGCUGGUUGCUUAUACACCUCCUAGGUGUAUAACUGGGUUACAUAUGACUAUGAAGGUGUUAAAAUAGCCAUAAUAUAAAGGCAAUUGUGUCAUGGUUCAUCAAAUUCAGUGUUAUAAUUUAUGAUGGCUGCCGCAACAAGCAGUUCUGGGUCCCAUCAGAGUGAAGGUAACGCAAGUGACAUACAGAGCCUGAGGAAGUGGGCUGCUGCUGAACGGUACUUACUGACAGAACACCAGCUGAGAAUUUUCUACCAUAGCUGUUAUUUUAAUGUUGAGAGAACAAAAAAGUGCAUUAAUGUGUAUUUCUCUAUACGUAACGGCACUCCAGAGUUGUUUGCAAACAGAGAUAUUAGACGUCCAGAAUUGCAGAUGGCACUUUCAGCUUUAAAUUAUGCUGUUUUGCCAGUUUGUGACCCUGCUGGUCACACUAUUUUGCUUCAUAGUCUAUGCAAUUAUGAGCCCUCCAGGUAUGUGUUCAGUGAUGGAAUUAAACUAUUGUUGAUGAUGAUAGAUGCCUGUGUCCAUUCAGAUGGAACGUCACCAGGUUAUGUAAUGCUUUUUGAUAUGAGGGGAGUCCAGAGUGGCCAUCUCACUAAACUUAAUAUUUCUUUACUUAGGAAGUUUUUCCAGUACAUACAGGAGGGUAUGCCUAUUCGCUUACAUGCUAUACAUAUUGUAAAUGUUGUUCCAAUCAUGGGAAGAAUAAUGAGUCUCACGAAGCCAUUCAUGAAAAAGGAAUUGCUUUCACUCUUACAUCUUCAUCCAGCAGCUGAUGGAUAUGACUCCUUGUAUGAAUUUAUUCCACGAAACUGUCUCCCUAGAGACUAUGGUGGUGUUUUGGACUGUGUUGAAUAUCUUCAUGCUGAUCAUGUUAAAAGACUUGCAGCACUGCAAAGCUUAUUUUCCAAAGACUAAAUUUCAUUUUAUAAUUUUGAUUUUCAAAUGAGACAAUGUCUAUAAUGAGUUGUUGCAGGUAAAGUUCUUAAGCAAUUUCUUUUGAAUGCAAUGUCUUUCUGUGCUUUAAGUUAUUAACAUGAUAAUGUGACUCAAAGAAGUAUUAUGGUUGCUAUUGUGAAACAGACUGAUUUUAAGGUACAAAUUGAUGAAGCUGUUGCUUGAGUAUUGUUGUAUUGAAUGAAUAUUUUUCAGUAUUAUUGGCCUUCUUGCC